GGAAGCGAGACGCAACAGCUUUAGGAAUGCCGCCCAAGCUUCCGGAUGGCACGCAGAUCAGCUUCUGUGCUGAGAAUCCCAAGCGUGCAGGGACCAAGGCGCACGAACGCUAUGAGCGGUACAAGCUGGCUAAAACAGUCGCCGAGGCAAUUGAAUUUGGAGCUUCGCGAAGUGACAUCACUGCAGACAUAAAGAAUGGCUAUUGCACAAAACUGGAACAAAGCAACGGCGAGAAGAGACCUGCAGAUGAAGUGUUGCUUGCACCUCCUGCAAAGCACCAAAGGGUACAACAUGAGGCCAGUGAGGCGGCGACCGUCGGUGAAAAGUCUGCCAGUACUGAGAGCCCUUGCGAAGUGAAGAGCGAAACAAAGAGCGAAGGAAAGAGCGAAGUGAAGAGCGACACUCAAAGUGUCACUCAGAGCGAGAACGUCGAUUUGUCCUUCGUCAAACUCGAUGGCAAACCGAUGAAGUUUGUCAAGAGGACGAUGGGGGAAGCAAGACGACUUCUUAGUCCCGAAGGCCUUGCUGAGGCCCAAAGAUCUGGCUACAACUUUAGCUUGAAGGACAAGGACAAUUUGUCCAAAUGGUUUGUGCAGCUGAAAGACUUGAAUCCUGAUGGGAAGCUGGCGGCUGAUUUGAAGAAACAUGGCUUGGAUGCGUGCAUUGAUUUGGAAAUAAUUUUGCCUGAUGGCUUUCCAAUGGAACCGCCAUUUGCUCGAGUUUUGUACCCUCAACUCCGCGGUGGUUACGUAUUUGAACGUGGUGGAAUAUGUUUCGAACCACUCACGCAGAAGGGCUGGGUCCCUUCUAUGACGCUUCCCGCGCUGGCGAUUGCCAUCAAAGGCAUUUUUGACUAUGGGGAGGUUCGAGUUGGUGGAGUUGGGGACAAAGCAACUCGGACAGUCAUGCACUAUACAGAAGAAGGUGCUCGGAAGGAUGCCUCAGCAAUUUCCGCGGCACAUCGUGGAGGGGAAAGUAGCACUUAUGGCUCAAUUUCUCAUUACAAGAGCUAAAUUCAAAA